CAGGGGGAUGCGGCGCGGCCGGGUUCUCCGAGCCAGAUUGCCAAUUCUCCUCCGUGACUCAGUCGGCUCUGCGCAGCGCACAGUAGGCGGCGGCAGCGGCGGCCGGGGCUGAGCGCAAGCGAGCAGCAGAGCGCCAAGAUGGAGUACGAGUGGAAACCCGACGAGCAGGGGCUCCAGCAGAUCCUGCAGCUGCUCAAGGAGUCGCAGUCCCCGGACACCACCACGCAGAGAGCCGUGCAACAAAAACUGGAACAGCUCAAUCAGUAUCCAGACUUCAACAACUACCUGAUAUUUGUUCUUACGAAGCUAAAAUCUGAAGAUGAACCUACACGGUCGUUGAGUGGUCUCAUCUUGAAGAAUAAUGUGAAAGCUCACUUUCACAAUUUUCCUAAUGGAGUAACUGAUUUCAUUAAAAGCGAGUGCUUAAACAAUAUUGGAGACUCCUCCCCGUUAAUCAGAGCCACUGUAGGUAUCCUGAUUACAACCAUUGCCUCAAAAGGAGAAUUGCAGAAUUGGCCUGACCUCUUACCAAAGCUUUGUAGCCUACUGGAUUCUGAAGACUACAAUACCUGUGAGGGUGCAUUUGGAGCUCUUCAGAAGAUUUGUGAAGAUUCUGCUGAAAUCUUAGAUAGCGAUGCAUUAGAUCGCCCUCUCAAUAUCAUGAUCCCUAAGUUUUUACAGUUCUUCAAGCAUAGCAGUCCAAAGAUAAGGUCCCAUGCAGUUGCAUGUGUCAAUCAGUUUAUCAUCAGUAGGACUCAGGCCCUUAUGUUGCACAUUGAUGGAUUUAUUGAGAAUCUGUUUGCGUUGGCGGGCGAUGAGGAGCCUGAAGUACGUAAAAAUGUGUGUCGGGCUCUAGUGAUGCUACUGGAAGUUCGAAUGGACCGCUUACUUCCUCACAUGAUUAGUAUUGUUGAGUAUAUGCUACAAAGGACUCAGGACCAAGAUGAAAAUGUGGCUUUGGAAGCUUGUGAGUUUUGGCUGACUUUGGCUGAACAGCCAAUUUGUAAAGAUGUUCUGUGUCGGCAUCUUACCAAGUUGAUACCUGUGUUAGUAAAUGGCAUGAAAUACUCAGAGAUAGAUAUAAUUCUCCUGAAGGGAGAUGUUGAAGAAGAUGAAGCUAUCCCAGAUAGUGAGCAAGACAUAAGGCCCCGCUUUCACCGUUCACGGACGGUAGCACAGCAGCAUGAGGAAGAUGGCAUUGAAGAGGAGGAGGAGGAAGAGGAUGAGCUGGAUGAUGAUGAUACUAUUUCUGACUGGAAUUUAAGGAAGUGUUCAGCUGCUGCUCUUGAUGUCCUUGCCAAUGUAUUCCGCGAUGAAUUGCUGCCACACAUUUUGCCCCUUCUCAAAGAACUGCUUUUUCAUCCAGAGUGGGUUGUGAAAGAAUCAGGCAUCCUAGUACUAGGAGCAAUUGCUGAAGGUUGUAUGCAGGGUAUGAUUCCAUAUCUUCCCGAGCUAAUCCCUCACCUUAUUCAGUGCCUCUCUGAUAAAAAGGCUCUUGUGCGCUCCAUUACUUGCUGGACUCUUAGCCGCUAUGCACACUGGGUAGUCAGUCAACCCCCAGACACGUACUUGAAGCCAUUAAUGACUGAGUUGCUAAAGCGCAUCCUGGAUAGCAACAAGAGAGUACAAGAAGCUGCCUGCAGUGCCUUUGCUACUCUAGAAGAGGAGGCUUGUACAGAACUUGUUCCUUAUCUCGCUUAUAUACUUGAUACUCUGGUCUUCGCAUUUAGUAAAUACCAGCAUAAGAAUCUGCUCAUUCUUUACGAUGCCAUAGGAACUUUAGCAGAUUCUGUAGGCCAUCAUCUAAACAAACCAGAAUAUAUUCAGAUGCUUAUGCCUCCAUUAAUCCAAAAAUGGAACAUGUUGAAGGAUGAAGAUAAAGAUCUUUUCCCUUUAUUAGAGUGCCUAUCUUCGGUUGCCACUGCCUUGCAAUCUGGCUUCCUUCCAUACUGUGAACCUGUGUACCAGCGCUGUGUAAAUCUGGUACAGAAGACUCUUGCACAAGCCAUGUUGCACAAUGCUCAGCCAGACCAGUACGAAGCUCCAGAUAAAGACUUCAUGAUUGUGGCUCUUGAUUUGCUUAGUGGUUUAGCUGAAGGACUCGGUGGCAACAUUGAACAGCUAGUGGCUCGGAGCAAUAUCCUGACACUUAUGUACCAGUGCAUGCAGGAUAAAAUGCCCGAGGUACGACAGAGUUCUUUUGCCUUGCUGGGCGAUCUGACAAAGGCAUGUUUUCAACAUGUGAAGCCAUGCAUUGCUGACUUCAUGCCAAUUUUAGGAACCAACCUUAACCCAGAGUUCAUUUCUGUCUGUAACAAUGCCACGUGGGCAAUUGGAGAAAUUUCUAUUCAGAUGGGUAUAGAGAUGCAGCCUUAUAUUCCUAUGGUCUUGCACCAGCUUGUAGAAAUCAUUAACAGACCCAACACACCAAAGACUUUGUUAGAAAACACAGCAAUAACAAUUGGUCGUCUUGGUUACGUUUGUCCUCAAGAGGUGGCCCCCAUGCUACAGCAGUUUAUAAGACCCUGGUGCACCUCUCUCAGAAACAUAAGGGAUAAUGAAGAAAAAGAUUCAGCAUUCCGUGGAAUUUGUACCAUGAUCACCGUCAAUCCAAGUGGAGUAGUCCAAGACUUUAUAUUUUUUUGUGAUGCUGUUGCAUCAUGGAUUAGCCCAAAAGAUGAUCUUCGAGACAUGUUCUGUAAGAUCCUUCAUGGAUUUAAAAAUCAAGUUGGAGAUGAAAAUUGGAGGCGUUUCUCUGACCAGUUUCCUGUUCCCUUAAAAGAACGCCUUGCAGCUUACUAUGGAGUUUAACCUAAAGUAUUCAAGCUGCAGUACCAUAAUGAGGGGUCCUUCAGUCUGGAAGACUGGGAGGGAGCCUCGACACCCAGGGAAAAAAAUGUUACCCUUUACUGGGGGGAAGGGUAAACCAGUAGGGAAUACAGUACAAUCCCAAGCCUACUGGGAGGGGCGGGAGGGAGGUGUUGCCGUCACUGUAUUAAGCCGAUGUUGGGAAAUGUUUUAACAUCUGGAGCUUUUGUGGGUGGAAGUCUGUCUCCUGUUACAACUCUGCACUGGAUGUGAAGAAGCUCAAUAUAUAUAUAUAAAUAUAUAUUUACAACAGCACAUUCUGCAAUAUUAUGGGGAACUGUACCAAAAUGAAAACUAUAAAAUUGAACCAUAGAGAUAUGUAAAGAGGAAAUACACUGUGUGGACACGAUAAAGAAAACCGAAGGGUAGCGAUUGCAGAGAGCAAAAGGUGUGUCGUAAUAAGGGGUUUCUGCAUUGUUUCAUCUUGAUGGGAUUCCUAGGUGUUGCAUGUUAAUGAAGAACUAAACAAAUGAAGUUAGUACAGUUAAAAUAAAGCUUGCUGCCUGUAUUAGGAGCAGGCACUUGCAGCGUACAAAUUUAAAUAACCCCAUAAUAAAGGUUAACUUGAACAAAAUGAAGCAACCUGCAAGAUGCCAAAUGAGUCACUCCUUUUCAUUUUUUUGGGUGGGGGGAGGGGCAUUAGAGAAGAAAGGUGAACCUUUUUUUAAAAAAAAAUUGAAACUUCAAAGGUAGUGGAUAUGAUUUGAUGGUUGUACUUCAUUAGAUUUAAUUUCUAGAGUAAGGCAUAAUUCUUAAUGUGCCGUUUAAGGUUCAGGCAUGCAUUUUGGAUCAUAGUGAUCAAGCGUAUUUUUAGUGGGAAAGUAGCAUGCUUGCAUCAGAGGGUGAGAGUGGUAUACAUUUACUUAUGUUGCGCCAGUUUUGUGUUGCAGUUUACCAAUUCAGUAUAGCCCUGCGUUUAAAAUUCCUUUUAUGAUUCUGUGGAUUUUAUUUUUUCUUAGGAAUAUAGGUAUAAAAUACUGUAGUGACAAUUAGGCCUCAAAAUAUCUUUUUAGGAUCUGUUAGGAUUAAGAUUGAUAUUGUAUUGUGUAACCUGCACAAUGUGGAAAGCUGAUAUAGCUGUGCAAAGUAUUGCCUCUGUGCUGUCAGUGUAAUGUGCUUUCUGCAUGGUUAUACUAGUGAUUUUUAUCAAACCUAAAAAUGACUUAACAUGGUAAGACCUGUUUAAAGGCUACGUAAAUGUUAGUUGGCACGUAAAGACAAUGGUAGAAAACUGAUAACAUGAUUGCUACAUUUCAGUGUUUAUUCCCACCCAACGUAUUACCUUUCUAUAAUUUUCUCCUUCGCAAAGUAUGAUCUUAAGAGAUGCAUAAUUUGGUGGGUGUAAAGCAGGGUAUCUACACUGUAUUGGCGCAUGUUGGUGGCCCUUUGUAUCCUAGAGAGGACACAAUGGUGCAAGUUAAAAGCUACAGAGUGAAAGUUGGUUUGGAUCCUCUUCAUUUCAUUUGUUUUUAGCUUUUCUGUUUCCCCUCUACUCACUUGUAUUCCUGUGAAUAAAUCCUUGUUAAGUUAACCCUUUACUUUUCUUUCCAUGUGUAUUUUCUUACGUACUGUGAAUGUGAAAACCUAACUGGUACACUUGAUCUUGUGUUACUAUUUAAAAAAAAAGGAAGUUGUGAUUAAUUUAGAUUGCAUAAAGAAUAUCCCAUGAUGAUAAAGGAAAAAUGGAGAGACGAUAACUCUGCUGGUCAGAGGCAAAAGCCACACGUUUCCAUUUUCCCUUAAGUGCUGCAAAAUUAAUCUGUGCAAAAAAGAAAAAGAAAAAAAAGCCAUAACAGCCGCCUUACAUUUUUGCUUCUCAUCUUUGCAUUGCAAAAACAACUACUGGAAAACUGUUUUUGCAGGGUCUGACUUUGCAUGAUUUGGUUCUUAUAAAGGUUGUUGGAUGAUUUAGCCAUUGCACUGACGUUCAAUCUUGUGUGAGUGAAUUAAAGAAAUCUGGCUUCAAAUUUUUGUUUGAUGCACGGUAGCAUGCAUAAAUCUUACACAUUCCUCUUUUUUUUUCUUUACAAAUUUGAGUGGAUUAAACAUGCUUGAAAAUGACCUUUUUAAUACAUGUCCUAUAUGAAAGCCUAUGAAGAAUGGAAUUAAUGCUACUAGGUCUUGAAAUCUACUGGAAUAAAACUGCAUGUGGUGAUCUACUUUAAAAUUAACUUGCUGUGUCAGUAGCUACAACUUUUCUUUUGGAUGAAAACUGUAGUUGUAGCUUUUCCAACCAUCAAUUCCUAAGAAAGGAAAUCUGAAAAUUUAUUUAGGGUGAAACUUGCCUUAGACAAGGGUUUGCAUUAAUCUUUCUGAAGACAGAGCAUUAGCCCAAAAUUUCUAUAUGGAAUUCUCUAAAACAAACUUAUUUGUUUUACCCUUGUGAAGUUGAACUGUUAAGUAGCCACUUACAUAAAUAUAUAUACAUAUAUAUAUAUAAUUUUAUUACAUGGGUUAAUGUAGAAGGAAGUGACUGUUCUACUGUGACUUAGUUGAUCAGGCAGAAAAGUAACAAACAAGAAAGCAAUAUUGUGGUUAAAAUGAUAAUUAUUGUUAAGUUCAUAGCAAACCAAAACAUAUUCAUUCUGAGUAAAGUAUAGCAUAUUUGCAGAAACCACUUGGGUUAGAAUUUGAGAUGAGGAGAGCUCUGAUAAAACACUAACAAUUGUAAUUCAACUAUAUUGCAUCAUGGGAUAUAUAAAGCAUCUUUUCAUGUAGUCUUGACAGUUAUUUGAAUGUUGACUGAAUGUUGAUACUGGUAGACUUGUGAGUUUGUCUUUGUUACAUUCCAGUGUUCUCUGCCUCUUGGCAUGCUACAAGCACGGCUUACUAAAUCUGCUCCUUACACAGUGAAUAAAGUGCUUAGUGUGCGAAACUACAGAAAUAGCCGCUGCUAAGUGAUGUAGAUUUUCUACUUGAAUAUUUUUGUUGUAGGAACCUCAGGAGGUCAGUGUUUACUGUUUUUAUAUAUGCCUUUGUUUUCAUGUCUAAGGCCCCCUUGCUUUGAAGGAUUCUAACAGUGAAUAAAGCUGCUGGUCAACCUAAGUUGGUAACAGAAAGUGUAUUUUAAAACAUUUUAAAUGCAUCUCUUUUGCAGUUAAACUUGUCUAAUAUUAUAGGGUUUUCUAGUGGUACACUUUAACUAUUAAGGGAAAGAAGUAUCUUAAUGUUCAUUUCAUUUCUUUAAAUCUAAGGGGAAUGGAUACAUUUUGUAAGUUUUUUUAAGCUUGAUUUGUUUUCUAAAUUGGUGUGUAGACAUCAGUUAUAAGAUGUAGAUCCUACCUGUUGCACCCUGAUGCUUCGGCAAAUUCUAUUCCUUUAAAUGGGACUUGCUUCCAAGUAAGUAUGCUGAGGAUAGCAGCCAUAAAAGGGUGCAGUCAUGGCAACAUGCAUAGAAUAAUGUUUUCAAAUACAUAGCCAAUGGGAUUUUUUAAAAAGAAACAUAAAGUAAUUUUAGUUUUGUAACAAACACUAUUGAUACACACUGUGAUAAUUCUGAAUUUUUAUUUAGCAUUAGCAUGAAUUACUUAAAUAUUGUGUAAUUUAGAUUUAUACUACUUGUAAGAGGAUUUCCAAAGCUGAAACUUAUGUUGCUGUUUGGAGAAGAAAUAUUCAUACUAGUUUUAUCUCAGGUAAAAUACUCUUCUACCCAUUUUGUUCAACUAGAGGCUUCUAAUGUGUCUUAAGUGUUCCAGUUUGUCUUUCAUAUAGGAACUGCCUAAUGUCUUAAACUCUCGUAUCUAAAUUAACUUACUGUGGAACAGCAAUGACUGUGCUUCAAUAUAAGUCACCUAUUUUAUUCAUAUUGAAUGUAUUAACAGAGAUUUGUAACAUUCUUCUUAAGAGAAGAAUGCACCUGCGCAGAAUAGCACCUAAAAAUCAGCAUAAAGAGUGCUUCAUAUUGUGCAGUGCAAAGGUUAAGUUCCUGAUUUUUAAAAUUAAUUAUAACUUGGCAUAAAUCCUUCUGAUAUAUUUUUCUUGUGUAGAUGCCUAGACCUUUUUAGCGUAGUAUGUAGAGUCAAAAGAAUAACACUUCUUAAUGCAGUACUAAGCAGUUAACUUCAGCAGAGAUCAGACUGCUGUUGUGAGCUACUGAAUACCAAGCAGUAAUCUUGUAAGAUAAUGUUGCUGUUUGCAUAUGAAUUUAUUAUGUACUGUGUAAGCAUUUGGCUGUCUGGGAUACUUUAAUGUUGAAAUGAAAAUAUAAAUAAUCUUUACAUAUUAAUACAGUUCUACUCAACACUGCACUCAGUUUCAGAUAUCUCUUCAUUUCAGAACUAUGUCCAUAGCCCAGUUUUGCUCUUUCUACUUGUCAGAGCAAAUGAGGGUUGGACUGUCCUGAAUAAAACUUUAAUAAGGGCAUACAUUGCAGCUUUUAUUCACUAAGAGAAUAAACUAAAAGAUACUUAGAUCUGUGUGUGCAUGACAGGGAAACUAAUGGUUAGUUUAGUUUAGUUUUGCUGGACAGAUGCACUUCUUACGCAAAACCGUUACUUUGCAAAUCUGUUUCAGGACUCAUGGUAUGUUACCUGCCACGCAUGCCACACCUUUACAUGUCAGUUCAUUUAAGAAUGGAGGUCUCUUUUGGAUGUGCAAGAAAGCUACAAAUCCUUGGCUAAUUUUUGAGGGCACUCUCUCCAAAACUUAAGGGCACUCUUUCUUCUCCAUGCCCCCCCUCUGGGGAAAAAAUAAUAAUCAAAAGUUCUCUCAAUUAAUUCCUACCUGUCCUAAAAUUAAUUGUUAAAGAGUUGGAUGUACUAACAAUAGUUGAAGUAGCCAGAUCUUUCUGCUGACAACUUAGGUUGUAUGAGUUAUGCUUGAAAGCUUUAAAUUGAAUGUGUUUUCUGUAUGUUAGAAUAUUCCCUUCAAACAUAUCCAUCCACAACCUCUAAAGCUGUAUUGAGUUGAUUUUUCCUGUCUGCCUCUGCUAACACAACUUCAUUCUAAAUAGAAUAUGGUUUUGAUUUUUGAUAAGCUGCUGAAUUCUAAAGAGUUUUUUGGGGCCACCAAAUAUUUUGGAUCAUGCAGAGAAUAUAUAUUGUAAUGUAGUAAUUUUGUAUUUACAUUUGUAUGAUGUGACAAUAGAUGUGAAUGUUAAUCACUGCUUGACGAUGUUAAUAAAAUUUGUUUAAAUAUA